CUUUUUUUUUUUUCUUCUCCCAAAGCCGAUGUCAGCAGCUUCAUCGACUCGCCGCCGUCUGAAAGAUAUGAACACCGGCAACGGAGAAAACCAAUCUUCCGGUAAAAAGCCUUCGAGGUCUGUAACUCCACUUCCUAUCUCCACCACUCUCCAGAAAUCAUCAUCGAGCAAAGAGAACCCAAAGCCUACUCACCGUCCGUCAUUUGGAUCCACGCAGAAGCCUGUGCUCCGGCAAGUCCCGCGGAUCGAUAAGUCCGCCGCGAAAGGUGUCGGUGAUGGCGAGGGUCGGGUCACUCGAUCCAAGUCUUCGGGGAUACGAGGUAGGAGCUCUAGCCCGUCUGAUCUAAUUAGGGUUUUCUCGGAUUUGAGAAAGAGGAACGAAUCUAGGGUUCAAUCAGAUCAGGAUAAGAGCUGUGAUAGGGUUUGCGAGGAGACAGGUGAAGAGAGUAAAAGUAAGACGAAUCCGAGCUCAAGCAAACUCGAUGGUUCUGUUCCAAAGGCAGAUGCUUUGCUUGGUUUUGGGGAAAAAUCUGAUUGUAAAGCUGAGAAGAUUGUGAAAGGUACUAGUGGAGGGUUAAGAAGGAAGUCUAUUGAUAACGUUGGGAAGGCGAUGGAGGGAAGCAGCAGUGUUGCUACUACUAAGUACCAAAGCAAGCUACACGAGAAGCUCGCUUUUCUCGAAGGAAAGGUUAAGAAGAUUGCUUCCGAUAUCAAGAAGACAAAGGACAUGCUUGAUUUGAAUAAUCAGGACUCGUCUCAGGGUAUGAUCUCUGAUUUACAUCAGAAGAUCACUGGGAUUGAGAAGUCUAUGAUUCAUGUUGUUGGAGGUUCAGAGGAAGGGAAAAACAAGGCUGCCAGAGCGAAAGCUUCGGUGAAAGGGUUGAACAAGGAGGAGCUCGAAGACAGGCUCUUUCCUCACCAGAGGUUGCUAAGGAGCAGAACUCAGUACAAGACAGCGUCACAAGUCUCAAAAGGUCAAGGCUUUGGUGAGUCUUCUAGCAAGGCGGUAAAUGUUGAAGUGAAGCCCUCGGGUCUUGUUGAGGAGAAUCCAAUAGCUCUAGAGUUCUUGGCCUCGCUUGACAAGGAAAAAGUCACAUUAGGGAGUGAUGAUCAGAAUGUGAUGGAUAAUCUGGAAGUGCAGGAGAUGGAUACAGAGGAAGCGUCGAAGGAAAACAAUCCUUCAAAAGACGUCAAUCUGACUUCCAACUUAGCUGAAAUCCUCAGAGCAGACGAAGACCUUGAGGAAAUUGAUGAGGAAGAAAAAAGAGAUGAGAUGGAGCUGGAAGAGAUAGAGAAUGAAUGUAUGUACCAACUUAAUGACAUUGGAUCCAAAACUUCCACUGGAGGGUGGUUUGUUUCAGAGGGCGAGGCUGUUAUACUCGCUCAUGAUGACGGCUCAUGUUCGUAUUACGACGUUGCUAAUUGUGAGGUAAAAUCCGUGUACUAUCCUCCAGAAGACAUCUCACCAAACACUUGGAGAGAUUGCUGGGUGGUUCGUGCACCGGGUGCAGAUGGCUGCUCAGGCAGAUAUGUUGUAGCUGCUUCUGCUGGCAAUACGAUGGAGUCUGGAUUUUGUUCAUGGGAUUUCUACACCAAAGACAUAAAGGCACUCCACAUUGAGGACGGAUCUUCAAGAGUUCCAAGGACUGCUCUGGCUCCUUUAUCCAACAACACAUCCCAUGGAAGGAACACUCUGGCUUGUUCAUUGUCACCAGAAGCUCAACAAUGGUGGUACAGACCAUGCGGUCCUCUCAUAGCUUCAACUGCUAGUUUCCAAAGCGUAGUUAAGGUUUUUGACAUCCGAGAUGGGGAACAAAUCAUGAGAUGGGAAGUGCAGAAUUGUGUGUCAGGUUUAGAUCACUCAAGCCCUUUGCAGUGGAGAAACCGAGGAAAGCUUGUCAUAGCAGAAACAGAAACGAUUUCUGUUUGGGAUGUCAACUCCCUUCACCCUGAAUCCCUGCUCACCAUUUCCUCUUCAGGGCGAAAAAUCUCAGCGUUUCAUAUCAACAACACAGAUGCUGAAGUUGGGGGAGGUGUUCGUCAAAGAGCAAGUUCCAUGGACGCUGAAGGCAACGAUGGAGUUUUCUGCACUACUGAUUCAAUCAACAUCAUGGACUUCCGUAAUCCAUCUGGCAUUGGCGCUAAAAUCCCCAAGCUCGGUGUUAAUGCACAGUGUGUAUCAUCUAGAGGAGAUUCAGUAUUUGUUGGAACCAAUCCGAAAUCAUCAUCUGCUAAGAAGCCAGUGGGUUAUUCCUCUCAAGUGCUGCAAUUCUCUUUAAGGAAACAGCGUCUGGUGAGCACUUACAACCUGCCUGACUCAAACACUCACUCGCACCACUCUGCAAUAACCCAAGUCUGGGGAAAUUCAAACUUUGUCAUGGCUACUUCUGGUAUGGGGCUUUUCGUGUUUGAUACUUCAAAAGAAGAGACCUCGAUAGGUGGUGACAGUGGAACCGUAAAAGAGGUUAUUGGUCCAAACGAUAUGUACUGCCCUUCGUUUGAUUAUGCAAGUUCUCGUGUCCUCCUCAUCUCAAGAGAUCGUCCUGCUUUAUGGAGGCACAUCUUAUAGGGGAUUUUGUCAAAUGAGUCAAUCAAGCAAAAGAUGGUGUUACCACGGUCGUGUGUGCGAUUCAUAUCCUGUUUAAACGGAGUGUCUCUAUAUAGCACAGCUUGUGCUGCUUCUCUUUUGGUGUGGUGUGUUAAAGACAAUAUAAGUACCAAACUAUGCGCUUCUGAAUUCUCUUGUUUGCUUUCUGUUUAUUUGACUUCAGUUUUGUACAUACGUCUGGUUGUUUUGAUCAAUGUCACAGGUUUGUUGUUACUCAGAUGAUUUAUAGCU